CCCCCUUUGAUCAGACCUCGCGGCCACCGAAGCCUCACCCACUGGUUCCAUCAGCCUCGACUCACCUCCUCCCCCCCUCGCUCAUUGCCCACCAUGGCUGACCUCUUCGACUCCUACUCGACGGACUUUUCCCAACUCCUCUCCUCCAUCUCCACCCACCUCAACAAGACGCUGCCUUCGCAGAGCGGCGAGGCGCGCAAGUCGACGUUGAGGCGAUGUGAAAUGGAACUCGAAGAGGCCGAAGAGGUGCUGGCGCAAAUGGAUGUAGAGGUGCAGGGGUUCCCGCAGAGUGUCAAGAGCAAAUAUUCGGUUCAGAUGCGUGGAUUUAGGAGCGAGCUUGACAAGGUCUCGAAGCAACUCAAUUCCCAAAUGGCCAAGUCGUCUGGCUACGACCCAUCGAACCCCUUUGUAGACUCUUCAGCAGCCGAUCUAGAAGCCAACAACUCCUCUCAGGCCCAGCGUCAGAGGCUUCUGCAAGGCACCUCUACCCUAGAAGAUGGACAGAGGAGAUUGGAAGAGUCGAAUCGAAUUGCAUUGGAGACGGAGGAUCUGGGAGCGGAUAUAUUGAGAGAUCUCAGGGGCCAGAGGGAGCAGAUUGAGCAUUCCAGAGAUACACUUCGGAACGCAGACAACAGCAUCGACCGCUCGUCCAAGACACUGUCUACCAUGAUCCGAAGGUGAGCUCGCGAGAGGAGAGACCGGCGGCGGAAAGAUCUGCAAUCCUUCUCAUCCAUGCUUCUCCCCCACUGUCCCUCACUCUCUCCUCUCUCAUUCGCUUUUGACCAACGGAAACGAAUCCUGGUUCGGCUGGCUCAAAUGAUCCCCCGCGCUUCUUCCUCUUGCUCUUCCCACGAUACCCC